UCGAUCCUUGAAUGAGUUAUUCGUUACUCGCGUUAGCGUCUAUAGAUCACUAUUUGUACUGAUUUACUAUUAAUUGUUUUGAAAACGACGUCAGAUUGUCAUUUCGCCAUUGUGAAAAUUCGAUACAUGUCGAAUACUCAUCGCCUAUAACUUGCACUGAUUGAAUCUGUAUAGUUUUGUGCGAUGUGAGUGUCGGGAUUGUAUAUACUUAUAGGAUGCAAUAUUGCUUACUGUGCCAGAAAUUUUUACAACUGCAAAACCAGUGCCCCAUAUACGACAUCAGAAAAUAACUGAAGCCAAGCUGUAGUGAGAAUCUGAUGGAUUUAUCAACAAGGUGACGAUGCUUUUUAUUUUUAAAACUAGAAAAAGGUCCUGGCGUGAAAUAAACGUUCAUCAUCAAUAACCGUAUCAAUAUCGGCGAUUUCGAGCCAUCCGAAGUGUAAGCCGUGUAAUCAAGAAGAGGUCGAUUGUUUUGGCUCGCAGUAGUACUUUCAUUCAAUGGAUUUAUCUUCAGGCUAAAAUUACCAAUGUCUUCGAGCGUUUCAACGCCUCGUGCUCAGCUACGCCUCCACAGGACAGCGAAUUUUUGAAUUUUGCCGUUGCGCCGAGUCUGUUAUAGCAACGCCGCGGCCAUUUUUGUGCAACAAGUGUCAAGUAUUAUUGGUUAUGUUUUCUUACGCCGAGUCAGUUUUCUAUAUGUAAACAAUCCCGGUUUAUCGAUGCUCAGCUUCUCAAAAAUACAAACGUUGCUAAUGACACUUACAUCAAGAUUAUACGUUUAAGAAGAAAUUCAUUAAAAAAAACAAACAUGGAUUCUUGGGAAGCUCUUGUUAUACAAUGGGUCAAUUGUUUGCAUGAAAACUCGAAUGACUAUGUUCGUAACAUCGAAGAGUUGAAAGAUGGAAGGAUUUAUUGGAAUCUAAUUAACAAAUUAAAAUCAUGGAGUUGUAAAGAGUACAGUGAUUGUCAAAGAGAUAUGGUUUUUGAGUUUCUUAAUGAGGAAUAUCCAAACUUUGCCUGUAAUAGUACAAGCGAUAUAGUAGAUAAUUUGUGUGUUGGAUUACUCGUUUUGUCCAGACUAUCAUUGGAGCCAGUCUUUCAUAAAUCCUUAUGCGUGAAUCUAAGCUAUGACUUGCAGAUCAAGAUAAAAUCAAUUCUAGAAACUAUUUAUGCAUUAGGAAAAAAUGUAACUGCAGAUGAGCUUUGUAAAACAUUUUCUUUAUCUGAUAAAACUGAUUUCAAGUCUUUGUCAACAAGAUCAAAGCGUAUCUUGGAGGAGUUUUUGAAUUCUCCUGUAGUCAAAUCAGUACAGAGUGAAAAGAAAAUGUACGAACAAACAAGACACAUAAGACAUUUACGAGCUGACAUUGAAACUCUGUGUUAUGAAAAAUCUGAACUUAUCGAAGAUAUCAAAGUCCAGAAGAAACAGAUAGAUGAAUUACAAAAUAAAUUACAAGAUACUUUAUCUGAAUUAAAAUUGCUCAGAGCAAAUAAUGUAGAUCCUGACAAUUAUGAUUCUACUCAGGAACAAAGAGAUGUAAAGUCGAUUGAAUUAUCUUAUAAAAACGAAUUGAAAAGUUUGGAAAAAUAUGUAGCUGAGCUACAAAAUGAUAAUUGCAAACUGCAAGAUGAAAAAAAUGAUCUGAUUGGCGAAGUGAAAUUGUGUAAGGCAAAGUGUCGUACUGUAGAAGAAAAGAAUACAAAUAAUGACCAAAUCAUUGAAUCCAUGUUGUUUCAAAUAGAGAAAAAAGACGAUGAAUUAACAGAAUUAAAAAUGAGAUAUGAAGAAUUGCGAAACUAUAUAAAAGAAAAAUCGGUGCAAUUAAGUAAUCAAAGUUUUGAAUUUGAUGACAGAAUGGUUUGUGAAACAUCUUUUAACAAAAGUGAAGCAUUAAGUUCUGUAAUUGAAAUUCAGUUGCAAGAUACAAAAAAAGAUCUCGUGGAGAUGCAAAACGCAUUCAAAGAUGUAAAUUCAGUAUGCACAGUUCUGAUAGAAGAGUAUGUAAAACUGAAGAAGAAAUAUGAUAUUUUGUUUACUUUAAAAGCAGAAGUAAAACAUGUCGAGCCAUCAAAAUGUGAGAAAUGUGAUCUAAGGGAAAAAGAAGAAGCUCAAAAGAUAGUAAGAGACAUUCACAAUAUUGUGCCAGUAGAAUUGCAGAAGGAAUUAAAAUGUGAAAAAUGUGAUUUAAGAGAAAAAGAAGCUCAAAAAGCAGUAAGUGAUAUUGACAAUAUUGAGCAGCUAGAACCACAGGAUGACAUGGAAGAGCAGUAUGUUGUUGCAAAAUUGGAGAGCUACAAAAAGAUCGUUAAAAAUGAAAUAAAACUAUCAUUUGCAGAUAUUCUUAAAGAUAAUUUGAGUAAUAGGAAUAACUCAACUUUUGUAAUGGAAUUAGUGAAUCAAUCUGAUAAGUAUAAAGGAAUCAAAACAUUAAAGAACAACAUAUCGUUUGCAUUGCAUAAAAAUACAAACGAAGAUUUAUUUGCAUACAAGGACACAUUUUAUAAUUCUAAUAAUCUGACUGAAAACAGUGAAGACUUGGAAAAAUCUAAAACAUUACAAGUGUACAAAGAAAACAAAAAUAUAAAUUUUAUAGAUAAUAAUAGCAUAAUAGUAAAAUUUUGUAAAAUGCUUUGUCAAGAAAAUUGGAACAGUCAAUUAUCAGACUUUGUACAAAUUUUAAACCGAUUCAUACAAACAGAAGCAGGUGUAAUGGCUGAAGAAAACCAUGUGUUAAGCAAGGUAUUAGAUUAUAAAGAAUUAGUUGAAACUAACGACAGAGAUACUCAAACAGAGAUGAAUGUACAGAGAUACUCAAAAGAUACUCAAACAGAGAUUAAUGUACAGAGAUACUCAAAAGAUACUCAAACAGAUGAGGAAUGUAACAGACUUUUAUCGUUUUAUAAAAAUAAUCUGGAAUAUUUGCAAUCAAUUUGGGUUUCCUUGCGUGAAUCGGCGUUUCAUACUUUCAAAAUAUACAAAGUAUUGUUAUUAUUAGACAAAAAUUGGAAUUUAGUCUUGGAAUCAUCAGAAGAUGUUAUUGAUAAGUCAAAAGCUCAACCGGAGUACAAAGAAUUAUUAGAAAAGAAAGCUAUUAUUGAAAAAGAACUAAAAAAUGCACAUUGGAAAAAUUUGGAGACUUUAUCUCUGAAUCUUAUUAAUUCAGUACAGUUUGUGACUCUUUUGAACAACACCAAUGACUGUUUACCAGCUAAUAAUGAAAAUCUGGAAGAUUGGUUUUCAAAUCAAUUAUCAUGUUUUAACUUGAAGAACUGUGAAAAAUUAAAAAAAGAACAUCAAACCUACAUUGCAAGUAAAAUUAUUAACAUCAAAAGAAGAAUAGAUAAUUAUCAGUAUUUGACAAGGUUGAUUGAGAAAAAACGCGCUCAAUCUUCUGCUGAACCCAUAGUUUUAGAAGACAAAGAAAAACAAAAAUCUGCAGACAAGAAACUUAUUAAAGAAGAAGACAUAAGUCAAUCGAAACAGUUUCAAAACUAUGUAAAAGAUAUUCACGAAAAGUACGAGUUGAAGCUUGAAAAAAUGAAAGAAAAAAUGAAAUCUGUGUACAACAAUCAAAUUAGCGCGAUGAAGAAAGAACAAGAAAUAUUGGCGAUGAGUAAACUUGAGGCUCUACAGUCUAAAUUCGAACAACAGUGCUUCAAUCACACAGAAGAUUUGAAAAUGUAUAAAAAGCACAUAAGUGAUCUGAGUACGCAACUCUGGGAUGUCGGGGAAAAAUUAAUCAUAGAAAGACAAAGAAAGGAAGAGGCUGUUCAGGAAUUGAAAAAAAUGAAGAGUAAAAGCGAUACUAUUGAAAGUCAGCAUCCAAAGUCUCUUAAGUACGAUCAAGAAAAUUUUGACGAGUCUAUGGCGAAACCAGAAAAAGCCGUUAACGCUUUGCAGUCGAUUGAAAAUACGUCAGUCCAUAAAAUGCAAAGUGUCAGAGGUUUCCAGAUAAUGGGCAACGCUUUCAAAACCGAAGACGAGGAAGGAGAAGUAUUCGAUACGACGUACCUUGCCGACAUGCAGAGAUCUAGAAACAGCAUUUCUUCAGCUGACUUGAACAGAUUAUCGAUACUGCAAAUGCGAAAUUCAAAGUGCAAGCCUCACCUAAAAUCAUCUUAUCCUGGUGAGUUGCAGAUCGCGCCUAUACCAUUCUCCGAAGAUGAGAUCAAGACUGGCUCCACUUCGGAAGAAGUUUUCAACGACAGUUUGAGUCAAAGUUUAUUGACUGGUAAAAAAGUCAAACGUAGUAAUAGAACGCGUACAGGUACGGAAACUCCGCGAAGGAGUCGUAGAUUCAGUAACAUCUUUCGGAAGCCUCGCUUAUCCAUGGAUCGAAAAUGAUUAAUGAGUCAGUGAAAUGUUUCGUUAGUUACCUUAUUUUAGAAAAGAAAACUCAUUUCAACAGGUGUGAUUUGAAAUUAUUAAUGAAAAAUGAAAAAAAAAAACGUAUGUAGCAUGUGUAAACAAUUACGACAGAGAAAUGAUCUUAAUUUUGCAAAAUUUAUAUAUGAGGUUUACGUUGGACUUAGCUAUAUCUAAGUACACAUGUAUACACAAACAAGUAGCUUUUAAUGGUAAGACUGACUCGGUGGAAAAAAAUGAUCGCGAUAUUAACUAAUAUGUAGGGUACUUGAAUAAAAUGCAUACAUUAUUUAUGCCUAAGUUUUUCGGCCACAUAAUUGAAAAUCUGUUUUAUCAGUUCGGCAAUAUUAUUUUAAUUAAUUUAGGAGUAGUAUAGUUUUUGUACUUUGACGUUUCGCCAUGUUUAAGAAUAAUGCUUCUAAUAAUUUUAAUCAUAAGUAAGUUUGCGAUAUGACAAAAAUAAUUUUAAAUGUUUUAUAAUUGAAACGCAAAGUUGUAUGAUUUCAAUACAACUGUAAUAGUAAUAAGUUUACUGUAAAUAUAAAAUUACUUCGAAAUAAAUUUUUGUAUUGGUAAGACGUUUUCAAUAUGUAACGAAAUGUAGCAAAUAAUGUGAGCUUAACAUUUUUUAUAAAUCUUAAAGUUUGUAACUUGAAAUUAAUGACGAGAUAUUUUUACUCGACAAAUGGUAUCAUAACGAGAGUCUCGAUGUGAAGCUCGAUUUCAAUGAUUUUUUAAAUCAAAGGAGAUCCUAUCUUAUACCUUCAAAACUUUAUAUAACAAUGUUAUCUCCAUUGACGUCCAUAGUGUUCAUCGAAUCUUUAAUACUUUGACACUCCGUGAAAAAUUGCGGAAUUAUUAUAUGAUUUUAAGGUUUCAGUGAUGCAUGAGAAUACAUAAUUAUGUAUAACAAUGUUAUCAUGAUUUUGUGUUUCGCAUUGCCAUAUCAUUGUUAAAAUGCGAAAAAAAACAUUUCAAUUUGAAUACUGUACAUUGUACGUUAUAUACAAUUUAGCUGGUGCUAAUCAAUUGUUUUACAUCGAAUUUAUAUAUGUUAACAAGAUUAAUAAAAGUUUAUAACAAUAUAAAGACGAUA